GAAAUAAUUGACCUAGCUGAAUUAACGGUCCAGAUCUCGUUUACAUAACUGGAGUCUUGAGUGUAUAAGAUUCGGCGCUCUACUCUACUCUUUAUUUGAUCACUUUCACCACCACCUGAAACCCUUAUAGCUUCCUAGAUUCCAUCAACCAUGUCGAGAGUUGCCGUUUUUCUCCUCUUUAUUUCAACGAUUGUUCGAGCCACCGAUGUCCAAUACUGUGAGGAGAAUGCAGAGUAUGACGUGAAAGUGAAAGAGGUUUAUAUAUCGCCUUAUCCUAUAGUUCGAGGCGAGCGAGCUAACUUCACCAUCUCUGCCAACACAGGCCGUGGGAUCUCGGGUGGGAAACUGGUGAUUGAAGUUUCGUACUUUGGAUGGCAUGUUCACUCUGAGACGCAUGACCUUUGCACCGAGACUACUUGUCCUGUAGAUACCGGAGACUUCUUGGUUGCACACUCUCAAGUUCUUCCUGCCUAUACUCCUUCUGGUUCAUACUCGCUGCAAACGAAAAUGCUUGAUGCGCAGAAUAAGGAGUUAACGUGCAUUAGAUUCUCUAUCGACAUUGGAUCCCCACCAUCUGUGGCCGACAUCGACAUGUAGAGCAAAUUCACCUGGCAGAAUACUGUUAAAUCACUUUAUUUGCCACUGUAUAAAUAGUUUCUUCUUUUCUAGCUUUUCAGUUGACCUGGCUUUUGGUGAUUUUCAUCAUUACAUAUAUAAUUAAUUAUAUAUACAGUUAGGUGUUUUUUUUUUGCUGUUUUAAUCAAACAUAUAAACAGGUCUCAUGGCAUCAGUCAAUUAAGUGGUUGAACGGUAUAAAUUGACAAUUCCUAACUAUCAUGUGGACGAAAUGCAAACAAUGAAAUGAGAAUAGGCUUUGUGAAAUCAUUGUUGUUGAUGUUACAAAUAACUAUUCGGAUUUAAAACCUUAAACUAUUUCAAACGAGACACCAAAACUCUGUUUCUCUAGUACCCUUCAAACCGAACUUCUCACGACCCACUCACCUAUCAUUUGAGAUGUUUCUGUCUUUUGUAGUAUAGUGAAGAAAGACUCUAAUCAGGCGUAGUAGACUGAUACGAGAGGGAUAUCAACGUCGUUGUCAUUGUCGUCCUCACAAGCCACCACAACAUCCAAGUGACGUCUAU